GUCUAAAUAUAGCUAGUUUUGAAGUUUGGCACAUUCUGGCUUAAAAAACACAUGUUUUUCCAUUAGCAUUCCAUAACGCGAUCGGGCUGCCUUUCGAAACCCAUCGCCUAACUAUUUUCCUCCUCCUCCUCUUCUGGGCGCGCGUCCACAAUCUCCGGCAGGCGGCGAGGUCGCGCGCGCAUGCGCAGAUCAGCCUGCGGCUCGCACUGCGACUGCGUGCGCGGCGCCGAGCGCGUAGUAGCAGCAGCAGCAGAGUCUCCUCGAGAAGGAGAAGUUUUCCAUUUGUCUGCCGGCGGCGGCGGCGGCGAGGAGCCGCGGCUAAGCGCCGCCAUGUUGCUGUCCGCUCCUUUUCGGGCCGCCUUCGCGCGUUCGGUAAGGAGGGCCGGUGGGGUUGAGGGAAACGCUGCUUCGUCCAGCGCGCUGGUCGGGCGUCCCCGGCAGUGUCGGUGGAGGGCAGUAGCGGCCAAGGGCAUGGAGGCGGCCCUCGCCUUCCUCGGGGGGAAGGGGAAAGGGAGGAGCUUGAUUCGGUUCCUGCCCCGCUCCCGACGAGCCUAGCAGCCUCUGCGGCGGAGAAGCGGAGGUGGCGGCAGGGGUGGACAAGGGCUGGGCGGAGGGUUUGGUCGGGAGCGGGGUUGCUUUACGGUCCAUGCUUUCCUGGGAAUACGCCUUAUAAAAGAAAAAUAAACCAUACGUGGAGAGGGAAUGGGCUGCGGACCGGGGGGAGGCAGGUAGAUGGGAAAGGACAAAUGCCGCCGUCGUCUUCUUCACCUCCUGAAUGCCACCCUCUUUUUUUUGGAAUGGCUGUUCUGCAGCAGGAGCGACCAUAAGGGUUGCGUUACACGUUUGUCGCGUGUAACGUGAAGUCAGGUCUUGGGAACGCUCAAACUACUGCAAGUGACAGCGUUAGACCAAACUCCUAAUCCUGUCAAAUCUUGAUAAAGUUGUGGAUAGAGAAUUGGAAGCGCAGGUUGGGUGAGCAUAUGAGCUCUUUUUUCUGCUGGGCCUUUGCACUUGGUUUUGGAGCCUCACAAGUGGUGGGGUCCUAGGAAGCACUUUAAAUCGAUUCUGGCUUUAGAUAGAUUCCCUGACAGGCCCCAUUUAAACAUGUAGGUCUAUAUCUGUCAUGCCUGUUUCCUCAUAGGUACUACCCUCCUUUGUUGUCAGUUUAGUUGUCCAGACCUUGUGCUGCGCUGCUUUAUCGUUGUUGCUUUUUCCCUCUGACCACAGACAAAGGCUGCCAAACAGACCAGCAACACAAACCCUGGGUGAGCCAAAUGAUGGCAGGAGUCUUGUGUAUACCUGGUAUACCUGACAGAUAGCUAGCUAGUGAAUAGGAAGCACAGUGACUGGAAUUGGUAUUCCAUAGCAGGGGCUACUGCUGAGAUGAACAGCAUAAAAUCUAAGAUAACUUGGACUGUUGUGUCACUUUGGUUUUUAAGUAAAUACAUGUUUUUGACAGGUGGGUGAUGAAAGAAGAGUACAAUGUGUAUUUCUUAGCAUGGAAAAGGAGUUCCCUAAAUGCAGGCAAAAAGGGAUCGGAAACAGUUAUAGAAAUUACCACAAGAGCAUUGAGACAGUUGCAAGAUUGAUGAAUUUCCAGUGCAUUUUGAAUAUAUUUUUUAUCAAAGGAACAGUCUCAUUCCUUUUUAAAGAGUUACUUUAAAUAGUAGAGUUUGCAUACAACUUUCUUUAGCUGUUUUCAUGAAGCAUAUUAAUAUUUGUAUGUGCAUAUAAAUUUCUGUAUAUAAAUGAAUAAUAUAGGUCAGUCAGUAGAGCAGGAAACUCUUAAUGCCAGGGUUGUGAGUUUGAGCCCCACGUUCGGCGACAGAUUCUUGCACUGCAGGAUGGACACUAGAUGAUCCUCAUGGCCCCUUCCAACACUACAAUUCUAUGAUUCUAGGAUUCUACUUUAAUAAGAAAACAUUCCAUUUAAUUUAAAAUUAAAAUUUGUUUUUGGCACCAAUCACAUAGGAGCCCUAAUGUAUCAGAUCAAAGGCUUGUCUAGUUUAGCAUCUUUUCCCCACAAUGGACAGCCAAAUGCCAGUGGAAAGCAGGACACCAAGGCCCUCCCUAACAAGUGGUAUUCAGAGGCAUAUUGUCUCUGAACUUAGCAUAUAGCCAUCAUAACUAGUAGCCAUUGAUAGUCUUAUCUCAAUCAUUUGUCUAAUUCCCUUUUAAAGUAAUUAAAUUGGAGUUAACAUGUCACUACAUCAUGUGGUAGUGAAUACCCUAGUUUGAACUAUGUACUGUUUGAAGAAUUAAUCUCUGCACAAACAGUAGUUUUUAGAUGAGCAACAGAUUCUGGUGCCCCUGCAGAAAAAAAUUUGAUUGCCUAUUUGUUUCUAAACACUUGUGGUUUUUUACCUCCUGCAACUAAAGUUUGUGGGAGGCAGGGUUGGAAUACGGAUGUGGCUAUUUUUAGCCCAUGUUUAUCAUCCCUUCUCUAAAGUUAGGCAGCAGUUUAGGGAAGUGUUCUGUUAUCUCACAGCGAUGCACCAUGCUGUUCAAAUGCAUACAACUGCUGUUCCUUCUCUUUUGUAAACUUGAAAAGGUAUAUCAACACACACCUCAAUUCUUGCAGCAGUGUGCUACCAGGCUAUUUCUCAAGACAACCACUAGGAGAGAGUAUAUAGUGGCAAAUAGGUAUUCCAAGAUAAAUUCAGGUUCAUUUGGGUUGCUUAGCCAGAAGCCUGUAGAUAGCUUCUCAUUAAGUUCUAUGUUUUGGCAAUAGCUAUACAGUAAUGGGCAUUGAUAAUCUGUUUGUUCAUAUUAGUUAUUGUACACUUGCUUCAUUAUGGUAAAAUUGCCUCUUGCCCAAGACCUGCCCAAGCAUAUACUGUACUUCUUUUCCUGUUUCCUUCUCUAUGACCUCUUAGCACAUUGAUUUGCAAUGUUUUCCUACUACUGCACUUUAUUUGGGUAUUGUUUAUAGCAAUUUCAGUGAUUCAAGUAAUGUGCCUUCUUUAGUGCUGCAGCACACUUUGGUAGUUUUCUAUGAAGCAGACCACUUAGUUGUUAGAUAAGCAUGCUGUUAGAUCAGAAUUACUGGAGGAUUCCAAUCAAGUAUAUUGGUGUGAGACAGUGGAUUAAUAUAAUGGCUGAGGGCAAUAAAGCUUCGAAAACUGAUGCACAAGCAAACUUUACUGUGGUUUUGUAGUUCCUGUGGAAAAGAAGUAUUUGAGGCGGUUCUCAUAGAAGUUGGUACCGCCAUCAUGAAUUAUAUAAGUUGUUUAGGAGCAGAAGGGAUGGGCAGACACAAAACUUUUUUCAGGUGGGUUAAAUAUUGGUUUUUUUGGUAUUCCCUGCUUUUUUUUUAAUGUACUGUAUAUGUAAGAUGUAACUUUAAAACAGAUGCUUACCUUCUAUAAAAUGUGCUUUGUAGGUGGCACAGAUUCGCUCUCUUCAUGCAACAGCUGUACGCAAUGGUGGUGGUGGAGCUUUGUUUGUGGUAAGCAAUUUGUAUGUACAACUAAAGCAGAUGUAACUGAAAAUUGAGAAAUGUGGUUUUUAUUGUCUUUUUUAAUCACUUGUCCUCCACAGUAAUAUCACAAUCCAUUUUUCUCAGCAAAUGUAAGACUACAUUGAUAAUAUCUCUCCUUUUUAUAUUAAUGAAGAUGAGAUUUUAUUGAGAGAGAAUGUAUCUGAGUAACUCCAUAUGAGUUCAAAAGCUUUAAUUAUUUCUGUUUAUUUGGGUGUUGGAAUAAUGCAUCUGUUCUGCAGUAAUGGUGGUACUGUUAACCUGGAAGUUAACCUGUUUCAGCAGGAAGUUUUCGUGGGUCAUAAUUGUAACUUUGAUACCGUUGUUGCUUUAUAGAUUGUACAAACUGGUGCUUCUAUUUGGCUUUAUUUCAAAGACUCGUAUCUACAUUUUCACUUAACUGUACAGUAGAACCUCUACUUACAACCGCCUCCACUUGCAGACAUUCCAAGUUGUGACUGCGGGAAACCUGGAAAUAACCAGUGGGUUUGCCGCCGUUUCUGCAUGUGCAGGGGCUAUUGUCAUUCGCGCAUGCAAAGGAGCGGCAACCGCUGCUUGCGCAGAAGCGGCACUCGCCAUAUGCGCAGGAGUGGGUGAUCGCCGCCCGCGCCAGCGCACAACGGCACUUCUCCCAACGACCUGUUUCACCAUAAGGACGGGCUUCCGGAAUGGAUUGUGGUCGUGAGUAGAAGUUCUACUGUAACCGGAACCUGUAAAUAGACGGGCAAGAGAAAUUUGGCAUGAAGGCAGCAAAAGAGAUAUCACAACAUUAACCCCACUCAGUAGGGUAUGAUGAAAUGUUGGUAAGGCUUGAUACAUUUUGCCCAUGUUGUAUGACUUUACAACACUUCUGAUUUUAAGUCCUGCCGUCUAGCUUAAUGGUGGAGCACAUGCUUUGUAUGCAAAAAUGUCCCAGGUUCGACCCCCCCUGUCAUUUCCAGGUAGGACCAGGAAAGACUCCUUGCUGAAACCUUUGAGAGCUACUGCCACUCAGCAUAGACAAUACUGAGACGGAUGGAGAAUGGUUUGACUGAAUAAAAGGCAUCUUCCCCUAAUAUAGAUGACCUGCUGAUAUAAAGACAAAAUGUGCAGUGGGGAAAACUACACAAUAGGGAGCCAUGGGUCUAAAUGCUUAGAAAAAUAACAUGAACCAUUCUUUAUGAUACAUGACUUCUCUAUGUGUACCUAUAUUGCAAUACAUAAUUAUACCCUCUGUAGCUCUUUUGUAUUCUCAAGCAGAAAUUAGUGCUUUUAAUUUUUAUCAGGCACUUAGCUACUUGAACGUAUUUGGUACUUUUUACUUUACUUGAGAUGUAAUUAUUAUUUAUGUAUAUAAUGCCAUCAAUGUGCAUGACACUUUACAGAGCGCAAAAGUACUGGUCCGUGUCUCUGAGGAGCUUAACUAAACUUCUGUACAGGGAAAACCAAGACGAUAGGGAGGGAAAAGAAGGCAGCAGUAAACACACAGAAUGGUGAAGCUGGAGGGGCAAAGGUCAUGGGCAGGGAUAUAUUGGAGAGAUGAGAAGGGGAAAGACAUUUGAAGGUAAGAGCAAGGUGUAUGUUCUGAAUGUGGGAACUAAGUAAAAACCAGUGAGGGGAUUUUGGGAGGAGUGUCUCACAAUCAGAGCAGCAACGGAAGUGAACAACUUUGGCUGGAAAAGAAAUGAGAAGGCAAAAUUGAGAAGACCAGCAAGGAGAAGAUUGUGUUAUUCUAUGUGAGAUAUGAUUAGGGUAUGAACCAGAGUCUUUGCCAAGGUGACAAAGAAGAAGGGCUGUGGAGGGAGUUGAGUAGGAAAGAAAAAGGCAACACAACAGGAAUAAGCGGCAUGCCUUGAUACUAGUGGAAUAUACCUAUAACACUUAUGCAGGGUUGAAGUUCUAAUUCCCUAAAGUGUUAGUCUUUUAAAAAAGCUUUUUUCAUAUUGUGUUAAGUCUAUGAUUAAACUGCAGGGAACAAUAUUUUAUUUCAGUCUGUUUGAAAUAGGCUGACCAGAUGUAUAGGAGAAAGCAGCUCCUGUAUCUGUUGAACAGAAGAAUUUUUUUUGCAGAUGUAUCUUUUCAUACUUGCAUGAGAAGCUGUGUUUGUACAAAAUACCAUCUUCUACAUAACUAUUAAGGUAGAAUAGUCUUGUUUUUGCUGCAUCUGACAUAUGUGUUCUAAAUAUGUGUAAUUGUUUCAUUAUUUUGUUUGUACAGCACAGAGAUACUCCUGAAAACAACCCAAAUACUCAAUUUGAUUUCACACCUGAAAACUAUAAGGUAUGUCAUGAUACUUGAUAGGCUGUAUCUUUACAGAAAACUGAUUUUUUUUGCUAUUGUAAUGCUUAUUUUCUUUAACAGCGAAUAGAGGCAAUAGUAAGCAACUAUCCAGAGGGACACAAAUCUGGAGCAGUGAUGUCAGUCCUGGAUCUAGCCCAAAGACAGCAUGGAUGGCUACCUAUAUCAGCAAUGAAUAAGGUACUUCAUUAUUUCAGGAGGCAAACCCUCCAUGGUUUAGAUAUUUUUGAACUCAUUCUUAGAUAUAAUGAUCAACAAAAAGAUAUGGCAGAGUUUGAGAAGCUUAUAUUGAAGUUCAUCAAUUAUUGUUAAAUUAUGAUACAGAGGAGGAACAGAUCAAGGAAUACAUUCUCAAGUGGGCUCAGAAUAUUGGUGAAAAUGUUCUGAUGAAAGUGUAGGAAAAGCUUCGGCUAUUGGUUUGUAAGUUUUUGUUAAAUAUGGGAACAAGCAAGAACCGUUUUACAGUCAUACCUCGGGAUAAAUACGCUUCAGGUUGAGCGCUUUCGGGUUGCGCUCUGCGGCAACCCGGAAGUAACGGAGUGCAUUACUUCCGGGUUUCACCGCUCAAGCAUGCGCAGACGGUCAAAAUGACGUCACGCGCAUGUGCGGAAGCGGCAAAACGCGACCUGCGCACACGCAGACACGCUAUCACAUCUUACGUUCUGUUUGGGAUGCGAACGGGACUCCGGAAUGGAUCCCGUUCACAUCCCGAGGUACCACUGUAUAUGCAUGGCCCCAAUGGUAUAUUACUCUUGCAAAACUACAUAAAAUAGUAAUUACCCAGACACCUUCUGCAAAUACCAAAAAGAGGAGGGUGGUUUUAUCAUCUUGGGUGGAAAUGCGACUGGGCAAAAAAAUGUUUGAGAACGAUUAAAAACCAAAAGAAUAGGUUUCUGGUAUACAGAGUUCUGCUGCACAUUGUUGUUGUUGAAUUACUUGGAUGUGUCAGUAAAACAUGACAUUUGGAAAUGGGUGCUUAUUAGCUGCAUCCAGAAUCCCAUACGAAGGGAACUGGAGCUCCAUCAACAUCCAGUCCAUCACAGAGUGGUAUAACAGAUGUUGGGGGAUAUAUCCUGGUAGCUAAGCUAUCGUAUUUACAGUGAGGGGGGGAAAGUAUUUGAUCCCCUGCUAAAUUUGCCUGUUUGCCCUCUGGCGAAGAAAGGACCAGUCCAUAAUUUUAGUGGUAGGUUUAUUGUAGCUGUGAAAGACAGAAUAACAACAGGAAAACCCCAGAAACCCAGAAGACAAAAGUCAGAGAUUGAUGUGUAGAUUAAGAGAACAGAAUAUCAGACAGGCCAACUUUUGGCUUAUACAGCUUGCCUAUAUUCAAUAUUUCACUAAGGCAGGUUUUUUGUGGAUAUUAGUUAAGGGUUUAAAAAUGUUUUGAGUGUGAGACCUGAGUUUGAGUAUCUGUUUAAUCAUUUGCUUAUGUGAUUAUUGGUCUUGAGUUAAGGAAUAUUUUGAAUGUCCCUGUUGUUUAUUUGAUCAGUUGUAUGUAUGUAUGUAUGUAUGUAUGUAUGUAUGUUUAUUUGUUUGUAUGUAUGUAAUCAUUAUUGUGUAUUUUUACAUAUGAAGCAUGGAUAAUAAUGCUGUUUAUAAUAGUUGGUUAGUCCUGUACAAAAUGUAAAGCACAUUAUGUGAAAGAAGCUAUACCAGUGUAAGUAGUAGUAGUUAUCAAAAGCUUUACUGUCUAUAGUAUGGUUUUUUAAUAAAGUUGUGUCAUGAAGAAAUCUUCUAAGAGACUUCUGUAUCUGAAUAAAAGUGCACUGACUGUUCCUAUCAGACUACGUUGCUGAUGUACUAUAUGCAGGUCAGGGGUAGUGCACUCAUAGGUAUACUAAAAGAAAGAAUAGGACAACAGGGAUGUGGUUUUUUUGGUGCUGCUUUGAAUUAUGUGGUAGAACAUUUUCUAGUCUGAAAAUAGUUUUGAUAUUCUGUAAAUAGUUUUCAAUAGUCUGAAAUCUAGCACUUUAAAAUAUUUAUUGAUAAUUUCUACCAGUGAGUUCAUGGGAUUAAGUAAUGGCCUGUGGAUCUACUAUUGUUGUUGGACUCAAAUUCCAUCAUUCGUACCCCAAAGGCUCUCCUAGCUGGGGCUGAUGGUAACUAUAGUCCGGGUCAUGGACUAUAUUAACAAUAACACCUUGUUAAUAAUCAAUCUUCGAAGAACAAACACUUGAAAAAAUGCACAUUUACUAUCACAUUUUGUGGAAAAAAAUUAUUGGUUAAGAAAUACAAGGAUUCAUAUCAUCGCUGGCAUUAUAAUUGCUUUUCAAAAUGUUGGUGUUAGUUGAAACUGCUCAUUUUAUGUCCUGAAAAAAUAAAACAGUCUUUUAUUGUUACAGGUUGCUGAGAUUCUAGACAUACCUCCCAUGAGAGUUUAUGAAGUAGCAACCUUUUAUACAAUGUAUAAUCGUAAACCCGUUGGGAAAUACCAUAUUCAGAUCUGCACCACUACGCCUUGCAUGCUGUGUGACUCGGAUAGCAUAUUAGAAGCCAUUCAGAAGAAGCUUGGUAGGAUAUGUAGCUUACUUCUCUCAUGUGGGGUUCUUCAUUUACAUUGUACUACCUUUUACAGAGGACUUGGUAAGGCUCCAGAACAUUUUUAAUGUAUAGUCAUUUUCUCUGCUACUACACCUUUUUCUUCCUGGAAAUGAAAGUAAAGAAAGUGUUUGGAAUCAAACUAAAAUGUGAAAACCUCAUCACUUCAAAUAAUAGUGUUUUAAACUGAUACUGAACACACUUUAAAUGAGAGCAUAGUAGCAGGCCUGCUUAACAGCAGUGAUAAUUAUCUGUAUAACCGUAGGCCCACUUUACAACUAGAAAUUGUAUGCCCUUCUCUUCUGGGGACUUCAGUCUGUUCUGAAUAACAGGUUAUACAGUAUAUACAACUUGAAGUUUCAGGAAAUGCUGAAAAAAGGAGGUAAACAUAAAAAUUAAGGGAGCCUAAUGUUUUCAACAUCCCCUCUCCUAAUUUGCUUUAAAAUGGCUGUGGCUGUUUUAAUGCUAUAGUUUCUAUAGCUUGGAUCUUUGUCCAGGUCUGACCAGACAUCAUCUCUCACUCUACCACACCUUGGUCAGUAACCUUUUGAAUGUUAUGAGACAAGUACAACCUUUAUGGAUCUGUUCAACAACGGAGAGAAACAUUAAGUUUUCACAUCCUGACACUUCGCUAAAUAUAUUACAGUGGUGGGGGUGUAGCUGUCAUCCUGGCAGGAUGCCACUGCCACACAGGCAUUCAUAUAAUGCAGCCAACUGCUUUCAUUUUUAUAAGGUCUAAAACAGCUAUAAUUUUAAAUAUCAGUCCUUAUUCAACAGUGCAUGCACUAUAAAACUAGAUUCUCCAGCCUGCUCUAACAGCCAGAUCUUUAUAGUCCUGUAAGUUUGAAUGCAACCCCUGCUGCUAGAUCAGGCUGGGAAUCACCCACAGAGCACCUGUUUGCACACGAUUCCCAACUUAACUAAACAGACACAAUCUAUGCAUUUUGUCCUUGUUUAUAUUUAAGGAAAUCACUAUGAAAAUUUACUGUUUGAGAUUACAGACAUACAAACAUCAUUUUAUUUGUAUUCCUCCUUUCCGUUGUUCAAAAUAUGCUCAAGGCGGCUUACAACAUGAAAAAAUACGUAAUUACCAACAACAAAAGUGGUUAUAAACAUACAACAAAAUUAAGCAAUUUCCACAUAAAUCCUAAUCAGAUCUAAAACAAAUAUAUUUUUUAAAAUAUAAAUAACAGCAACAGCCUCCUCCUAAACAAUACCCCAGCCCAAGAGUCUGUUCAGCAGCCUCAGCUUUUGUAGCUGGAGUCAAGUCAGGGCCCCGGUCUCCCAGGGCAAGUGGGAAAAGGCCUGCAAGGUUCUAAUGCUGCUUUGUUUUUGCUUAUGUCCCUAGGUAUAAAAGUUGGAGAAACAACACCUGAUAAACUCUUCACUCUGAUUGAAGUGGAAUGUUUGGGGGCUUGCGUAAAUGCACCAAUGGUACAAAUAAAUGAUAACUAUUAUGUAAGUACAAGUGGUCCCUCCAACAAAAUGUUGCAGUGUAUCCAUGGGGUGCAUUUGUUGUCUGAUCCUGUGGCUUUAGGGGAGAUGAAUACACAAACACUAGCAUCAAAAAAGUAGUCUCUUCCUUGACUUGAGUCCAACCGUAAUAUAAAGUGCUGCUGGUCUGCAUGCAAGUUAAUAGAACACAAAGCUUCUGCUGUGCAAGGUGGUCUGAAGUAGCAGUUCAUGCAGAGUGGCCUUUUCUUCCUCCUGAGAAGUAUGGAGAAUUUUUGACUGGUAAUAUGAAUCAACUUCAGCCCCACCUCUGACCUGCAAUAUUAAUAGUUGUAUAUGGCAGAGCUGUCAUAAGCUUCCCUCUCUCCCUCUCCCUCUCCCUCUCUCUCUCAGUACAGCCCCUAACCUACAACAACCCUGCAGGGUUGUGGUAAAAUCUUUUAUCAGCCCAAUCUGCAGUGAGAGAAAUGGGUAUCACUGCAGGUUUGUCACAAGCUAUUUGCUUCAGUCCAAUCCUCAAACCUGCACUAGGGUGUAAUAUCUCUGAACAAUGCUGAAGUGUAAUAACCACUUGAGCCUGAUUUGCGGCAUACAGUAUGACUAAUAUUGCAGGGUUGUCAUAAGCCCCUCUCUCUUAGCCACAACUUAUUCUGUCCUGUAAUACUGGGACACUUAACUAGGUUUGCUUUGGAAUUAGCAAGGUUUGCACAGCAAAAUAGCCCCCAAAAUUGAAACAAAAUAUUUGCAUUAAAAUAACUAGGGAGCUCCUGUUCUGAUAUCCUGGAAGAGAACAAUGCUAGCAGGUUAACUCAUUUCAUCCUCCCUCCCCCAAACACACACUUUUGUUUUCCCCACCAGAUACUGAAUGUGCUCCGUCCUCAGUGAGCUGUUAGAAGAGGGGUUGUCCUGUACCCCCCUUUAAAGUGUACUUCUGCAUUACCUCUUGGUGCUUACCAUCUGAGUUUACUAUUCAGAGUAACCAAAUAUAACCCAAUGUAAUCAAACUAUGUUUAUCCAGUUUAACUUAUCCUGUUUUUUCUUUAUUUUAAUAGUACUAAAAGCUGUUUCCUCACAUAAAUAAUUAAGUGGAUUGUUAAUUGGAAAUGAGCUGGGUUUGAACCAGUUUGUAUUCCGUGUUUGCUGUGUGACAGUAGUGUAUUGCUGUGAGCAUUUGUUCCUAUAACCAUAUUGACAAAUUGUAGGAUCUACUAGACAGCAGGACACCUGCCCCACUUAAAAGCUAUAAUUAUGCCUACAUUUUUUCAAGUGUUAAUAGAAUUACCACAGAGUGAUACUUUUAGUCCCCCCAAAAAAGCUAUCAUACUUUUUUAAAUGUCUGGAAAUCUUUACAUUUUCCUUAUUUCACAUUUCAGGAAGAUCUGACAACAAAAGACAUAGAAGACAUAAUUGAUGAACUAAAAGCUGGAAAAGUUCCAAAACCUGGACCAAGGUAUUUUAUUCAUUUGUACCAUAUAAUAAAAACUAAGGAAAAUUGGGAACAGUAACAUUGUAUGUAAUUAGCAUUACAUGCGCUUUCCACAGCAAGUUGCAAACAUAUCUAUAGAUAUGGGAAACCAAAUAUAAACCUUUAUUCCAAUGAUGCUUCAAGUUUAUACACUUUAAAGGUCUGUGUCCUAGUUGCCAAGAAAUGAAGGUAAACAUUUCAUUGAAAUAGCUGAAUUCACAGCAGCAUUGAGUCUUGACCAAACUUCAGAGAUGGGAUUGCUUCUAAAUUUAAUUGUGUGUUUAUUCAAGUGCUUAUUUGACAGGCUUACACCCUCACUUCUUUACAUUUUUUAUGCCCAGUCAGGAUGCUCAAGCUAGUUUUACACUGCAUAGAUUUCAGUGCAAGUGCCUUCAGUGGCUAUACAGCACUCUAAAUAAAUCAGAUUCACUUAUUUGUGGCAAUCAUUUUGCAAGUUAUAGUCAAACUGUGAUGCUCUCAGACACAAAAUUAUUAAUUUUUAUUUUUGAGAAACAGUAUUUGCCGCAUCACUUUCUUUUGUAAUUUGAUUGUAUGCUUGCUACAGAGGAAGAAUGUUAUGCCAGUGAGGUACAGUGCUAGACUAAGACCAGAGAGAACCAGAUUCAAAUCUCUGCUCAGCCAUGUCGCUCACAGGAAGACUGGGCUGGUCCCAUAUGUGCUUAACCUAUUUCAGUGGGUUGCUGUGAGAAUAAUAUGGGGGUUCUCAGAAAAAGGGCAGGAUAAAAAUGUAAUAAACACACAGUAAUUUAACAAUCAUGGGGUUUUUCCUAACAUUCAGCUUGUAAAAUUCAACCUACAUAUUUGGUUUACAAGACACAGCCUGAUCCUAUACUCAGAUGUAAGCCCAAGUUACUUCAGUGGAGCUAUAAAGUUGAGCAUGCAAGAACUACAACUGUGCUUAGAAAGUAGCAUGCAUACAUUGGCUUUUGAACUUGUUUUUAAACUUGCGACUAGGUUCAUGUUUUCACAAAUAUCCAGAACUAAAGAGGUUUGAAGAAAAUGAGUCUGACUUCUAUUUACCCUUGAAGAUGAGUAGUGCAAUGGAAGUAAUGCAUAAGUUAAUUGCUCUCUCUUUUUGCAGGAGUGGGCGCUUCUCUUGUGAGCCAGCUGGUGGUCUCACUUCUCUGACAGAACCACCCAAGGGCCCUGGUUUUGGAGUUCGGCCAGACCUUUAAGACUAUUGUUCUAGCUGUAAGGAACUACUUCAGAAAAUAAAAUCUGAACUGCAUACAGAUGAAAACAUGAGUUCAGUUGCUUACAGUCUGGUAUAAUAAUUUUACUUUAUUAUUAGUUACUCACCUGAGAUUAAAAUUCAAGUUUUAUUAUUGUUUAUAUUUAUUAAUUUUGUUAUAGGCAAAUGGAAAAUGCAAGAGUCAUCCCCAAACCAGGGCUAUUCUAACCCAAAUAACACAACACUUUAUAUCAAUUUUACAUAAAUUUGAAAUUAAAAUAAGAACAAAAUAAAGUCUCUUUAAAAAGCUUUUAUUUAAUAUAGAUAUGUUUAGGUACAUAAAUUAUAUAAAUCUAACAAGUAGUCACAAAGAAAUUGAGUAGUAGAAAGGGGGGUGGGGAAAAUAUUAUAUUAAGAGAGACCAAACUGCUGUGCAAGUGGAAUGUAUACAUAGCUAACCUGUGGCCCUCUAGGUAUUGUUGAACUUCUACUCUCAUCAGCCACAGCCAGCAAAAGCCAGUUUCAGGGAUAAUACGAGUUGUAACCCAGCAGCAUCCAGAGGGCCACAAUUACCCAUCCCUGGCCUUAAUAGUCAAAGAUAGUUGCAUCAGAUAGAAGUUUCAGGUACCCACACAGUGUAGGUGAUUUUGAAGAUAUGACUUAUCCACUGGGUACACUGAAGGGACAGAUGUUUUCAAUGCCAUAUAAUUAAUCUCAGGGCUACUAAGAUUACUCAGGGCUACUACAAAGACCUGUGAAUUUAACACAGAAUACUGUGUUUAAGGUGUGUGCUUUACAAUGUCCUAAAAUAAUCUGAAUGCAAAUUGUAAUGAAACAAGGGCAAGAUUAAACCUAGUUUCUAUUUAUUGCAAACUGUAAUUUUGGGAUAUCCUCAUAACGUAUGAACAGCACUAAUGUGUUUGACAGCACUAGCAUUCAUAUAAUUCCCUAUGUCCAAUUUGGCAGAAUUUAGCAAGAUACCAAUGUAAAUGCAGUUUAUUCUAUUGAAUAAGCAUUGAAUAUUGGUUUUGUGUUGCUGAUCUAACAAAAAACUUAAGUUUGAUAUAAGAACUUACAAAUUCUUAAACUCCAUAAAGACAGAAUUAAGCCCUAAGCCCGAGUUUGCAUAUUUUCACUUUUAUAGUAUACAAAUUGGGAAUCUUUCUAAUCCCUGUAGAUUAGACUCCUUGGUUUCCUUGCCAGUCUUCACUUUAAGUUACUUGAAUCUGUUCAGGGUCUAUUGUUUAGGUAUUCAGAACAUCUCUCUACUUGUGGUACACUAAUUAGAUGGCUUAACAUGAUGUGUAGACCACUCCAUCUCAGCGUAGAAGGUAGAUUUUAUCGUUACUUCCUGGUCUUUGAUUAUAUUAAAAGUGUUUUGCUAAGAACGAUACUUAGGGACACGGGUGGUGCUGUGGUCUAAACCACAGAGCCUAGGGCUUGCCAAUCGGAAGGUUGGCGGUUCGAAUCCCCGCGAUGGGGUGAGCUCCCGUUGUUCGGUCCCAGCUCCUGCCCACCUAGCAGUUCGAAAGGACGUCAAGUGCAAGUAGAUAAAUAGGUACUGCUCUGGCGGGAAGGUAAACGGUGUUUCUGUGUGCUGCUCUGGUUCACGAGAAGCGACUUAAGUCAUACUAGCCACAUGACCUGGAAGCUGUCUAUGGACAAACGCCGGCUCCGUCGGCCUAUAGAGCAAGGUAAGCGUGCAACCGAGUCGUCUGUGACUGGACCUUACAGUCAGGGGUACCUUUACCUAUACUUCAGAACAGUGAGCUGUGAGUUAUCAGGCUGUCAACAGGGGAUGUUUAAUGUAAGAAGCCAGAACUCAGAUAUGGUAAUAUACUGCGUAAUCUGAAGCAGAUUUUAAUGUACACUCCUUAAAGUAAAAUAUUUUGAAAUGACUACAUUACCAUUCCACCUUUCCUCUCCAAACUUCAUUCAUGAAGUUCACUUACAUGUAGUGAAAAAAACAAAAAAAAAGUAAGUUUUAACUUUAAAUGUGUAUGUUAUGCAGCUAAACCUACUUAAAUUAUUAGAUACACAGUGUACUCUUGAACUAGAAUUGCAAUCUACGGAGAGAAGUUAGGAGAUUAUCUUUAGAUUCAUGAUUGCUUCUGCACAAUCCUCCCAAAAUUUAUUUUUAAAGCAUCUAAAAGCCGGUCUUGUGAGGUUAGACAGAUGUUUCUAUUCCUUACAGCAACUGUAUUUAAUCAUGUUUUAGCAGUGGCUGUCACUAACUUGAUGGGGGGAAAGUCCAGGACUUAAAACUCUGAUAAGUAUUUGGCAUGCGUGGAUGGAAAAGCUAUAACCAGUUAAUUGCCUUUCCAACAAAGUAUCACCUUUAAUAAACUUUUAAUUUAGAACUUUAAUAUGUUUUAAUUUCUGAUUUUUCACAAAUCAAAUGGAAAUUGUAAAUUGCACCUACUAUGAACUGCAGAAUGUCGAUCCCAGAAUUUUAUGCUUCUGGACAUGUGCCUUAUUGUUGAUGCCUUUUAUGGGUUUAUGCAGUAUCAAAGGUCUGUGAAACCGGGCCUGUGCUUAUGACAACAUCUGUAUGUUUGCGAACAGUAGCCUUCUAGUAUCCUGACGACAAUACACAGUAUCCAGUUUGUUUUAUAAAACUUCUUAUGGCAAAUCUCUUAGCCUGGUUCAAAAUGAACCUGAAUAUAUGAAUGUUAAACCAAAGCAUAGAGUCUCAAAAAACUAAAUCCAAUUCUUAUGGUCAAUUAACC